AUGAACUCAGCGGCGGACUCCCUCCUCGCUCUCUCUAAUACCGCCGUAGCCUACGCCGCCAAGGACGGACCCCUCUCCGACGACGACCGUUCCAGCAGCCUUAGCGAGCUGGACGAUGAUCUUGAAGAUGGCGAGGAAGAAGAUAUCGAAGCUGCCGUCCCAGCCGAUGUGGAUUCUGAAGCUGAGACCGAGCGCCUCCAGGCCACUCCGGAAAAUCUAGCUAGGAGAAACCCCCCUGAGAUCAGCCCAAGCAAACUAUCCCAGAGACAAGAUAUCGACAUGCGACCGGAGAUAGAGAGUUUCACCGAAAGCCCAGUUUCGUCCCCAAUUUCCUCCCACCACGACUCGGACCAUGAAGAAGGCAUAAGCGACGGACAAGACGCAGAUGAAGAAGCCCACGAAGCCGGCGUAGUGGAUCCAGCAGCUUCGCCCAAUAAGCGCAAGAGAGAAGAAAGCGAAUCUGAUAUUGAAGAGGCACCUAGGUCACAGAGAAGGCGGACGGGAUCUGUUGAGACCGAGGAUGAGAAGUCUGAACCAGAUACCGACGGCGAGGAAAAUGAGAGUCCCCAUUUACGGGAAAAUACCAUUGAACCCGAAGUAGAGGUGCCCGAACACGACGAAGAGGAAGUAGUAGAGCCGGAAGAGGAGCAGAAAGAGGUCGAAAAAGUCGACAGUAGUGAAGACUUCAAAGACAAAACCAAAAGCAGACCUCGCAGAAAAGCAAAAGACCCGGUCAUCCACGAAUUACAACAUGGAGACGAGGAGGACGUUGGACCUGCGGAAGAUUCAGAGGUUGUCGAUGACAACGAUCUCGAGGCCGCGAUCAAGAGUGAAGAAGAACAAGCGAAGCGACUGGCAGCCAUGGAAGCCCUGACAGCGCUCGAGAGGCAUUUUGCGACAUUGAGAGACCGUCUCUAUGAUGAGAGGAUUGCAGCCAUAAACCACGAGCUGCAGUUGCUGUCAGAGCCCAAGCCAGCUCACCCAGAAUUGAUACGCCAGGUGGAAGUGGUGCAGAAAUACCGUGAUGAGAAAUAUGAGAUCGAGCAAAAGCUACUGGUCUAUAAGGUCGGAGCCCUCAAGAACAAGGCCGUUGCUGAACGGAGUCAAAUUCACAGUCAAUACUUCCAGACCGUCAGAGAUAUUCGAGAGAGACAUCUUGAACGCCUCAGUGAGCACUUCUAUCGGAUCCAACGAGACAGAUUCAAGGCCGACUCUUCAAUACCUAGCUUCAGCAUACCAUUCCCGGAACGAAGGUCGCAGCAGAUCUUACAACAAACAGCCUACAACAAAGAGGUUUCGAUUCUGGCCGGUGUCGCCAAAUAUGUGGGGUUUCCUGCUGCACCAGAAUUGGCUGCGUCAAAGCAGAAGGACAUCGAGGAUGACAUCCAGAAGAUGGGAGUACGUAUAUGUGGCACCAUUUCACAGCUCCAGGAGACUCACGUUUUGCAGAUUUCGCAGAGUCAGAUUCGACCUGGCAGACCCACUCAUCGCCCAGCAGCUCAACCGCAGAUAUCAGGACCCCAAGCAGAAGAACAAUUUCUUGAACAGACACCAUGGGCUAACCCCCAACAUCCCAUCCAUCGGCUAAGCCGACAAAAUUCCAAUCGCUCUCCAAUGAGCGAAUUCCUAACACCAGCAAAUCAACAACGCAACAUGACCGACGGGCUUCAGCCUCCAGGAGGAUCAGCAUCUACCAUCGUUGACCCUUCUGUCUCCGCACAGGCAUCUUCCGCGAUCCACACACCUCAUGACGGACAGAGUAGCGCGACAAAGGCCGAGGCGCAAACGGGCGGCGGGUCAUCCGGUUUACAGAAUUAUCGCAUGCACUCGGCAAGCCCCCUAGACAUGCGGCGGCAACCCGCUCAACAUGACAACUCCGAAUUGCAACGUCAGCAGGGGAGGGAAAAGGAUGUAAUCGGUAGUGGACGCGAUAUGGCUUCUUCGCCUUUAACGUCCCGGGCAUAUCUCAAUGCCUCGGGGCCACGGGCUCCUGCUAUCACGGCGGGCACCGGGAGAUUUAGCGUUCGCUGA